AUGUCUUCCUCACUGCCCUAUCCUAUCUUGUACCUUACACCCCCAUCACCCCAGUACACACUGCCGGCCGACCCACACGAAGUACAGAUCCCUGAUGCUGUGUAUACAGUUUCCCCUGCUCAAAUAAGAGCCGAGCAGUCGCAGCGCAAACGCCCAAAGUACUCGCGGAGCAAAACAGGAUGUCUGACUUGCAGAAAGAAAAGGAUUAAGUGCGAUGAAGUUAAACCAAUUUGUCGCCGAUGUGAUUAUGGACAACGCGAGUGUACCUGGCCAGACCUGACGAACUCAAAGAAAAAAGUGCAGCAGUGA